CUGACAGCACCAUGUUAGGCCUCUUAAAUACAGUUUCAGUUUAAAUUGAGUAAAGGUACUUAAAACUUGAAAGCGUAAAGUGUUUUCACAUUAAGUUAACUGCGCCUCCCAAUCAGUCGGCGAGUAAAUUGGAGUAGGGGUCUAAUUAGCACUAAUAGCACUUAUUUGACCAAGGUAAAAAAAAAAAAAUAAGGUGCCGUUUUCGCCAGGCCAUAGUAGCCGUUUUCGCUUGAGUCGAGGUGCCGUUUUCGCCAAUCGGUGCCGUUUUCGCCCGGUGACGUUUUGCUGAGGUGCCGUUUUCGCUAUAACCCUGUUUACGUCAGUGCUCAGGAAGCAUUGACUGAAGCAACUGACCUACAAGUCAUGCAUGUAGACUUUAUAUAAUUACUAUCAUUAUUGAACAUAAUUGAUAAAUGUGUAUAAAUUGUUUUUUCAGUGUUGAAUCUCUUGAAUUUGUCUCAAUUUUCAUUUUGACAUUGACAGCUAAUUUUAGAAACAGAAACUGGGACUGAAGAUAUGUACCCCAGAUACUGUGAGCGCUGUGUCACAGGGCUACAGAGUGUGCAAGCGCCUACAUGUCCAGAGUGUCGGACACCUAUUGACCCCACCCACAUGGACAAGGCAGUGGACAUUGAGAAAAUCAUGAGGACAAACAGAGGCAGUUGCCAGUGGUGUGGACAGCAGAUGGCAGUGUAUAAGCUGCGAGACCAUAUGGAGAAGUGUGCCAGUGCCGAUCACAGUAUUCCCCAGUUCCGGCCGGUCCGUGAAACCUCACAACCAGUACCCAGCAAUGUUCCCAACAGAUCCACCUUCCAGUGUCCAUAUUGUGGGGAGAAGAAUUUGGAAUGCUCCGCAUUGGUCAAACAUUGCAAUGAGCAACAUCGACACUGCCCACAACAAGUGGUUUGUCCUGUGUGCGCGUCAAUGCCAUGGGGUGAUAAAUCUCGUGUCAGCGCAAACUUCCUGCAACAUCUCAACCUCAGGCACAAGUUUGAAUAUGAUACUUAUGUAGAUUACCAGCAUGAUGAUGACUCCAUGUUACAGGAGGCAAUCCAGGCCUCACUGCAGAGCUUCUGACUCUUCAAUAAGCUAUUGGAGCCUCACUGCAGAGCUUCUGAGUCUUCAACAAAGCUAUUGGAGCCUCACUGCAGAGCUUCUGACUCUUCAAUAAGCUAUUGGAGCCUCCCCACGGAUCUUCUGACUCUACAACAAGCUAUUGGGGCCUCCCUAUGGAUCUUCUGACUCUACAACAAGCUAUUGGGGCCUCCCUACAGAGCUUUUGACUCUACAACAAGCUAUUGGAGCCACAUUGCAGAACUUCAGACUAUUUGAACCUCUUGAGAGACUUUCCGACUCUGGAACUGACUAUAUGAACCUUUUUAGAGAGCUCUUGACUCUGGAAAAGACUAUUUGAACAUCCUGGCAGAAAUUCUAACAGUGCCAUGGAUGGAUGUGAUGUUUGUGUGUUGAAUCUGACCUUGUUCUACUGACUGAGAUGUAAACUGUUGGGGCACCCAUCACUCAGACAGUAGCGGAACUUGUUCCGGUUAACUUACUCAAAGACUAAAAGGACAAUUAUCUGACAUUCAAAUAACUAUUCAAAGACCUGGGCCCCGUUCCACAAAGCGAUUGUAGCACAAAGACAAUUGUAACUCACAUACUUUAACAUGGAUUUGUGACAGUCGUAGCGCUAUGAUCGCUUUGUGGAACUGGUCCCUGGACCUUACUAAAUUUACUGUGUCAUUAAGGCUCCAUUAAUUAAUGUGCCAUUUAUUCGGUUGUAUUAAUUAUUAAUGACAAAAUCCAUACUUUAGACAAAGCAUGCCUUACUAAUAUGUGAUAUUAGGUUGAUAAGAUGAAGGAGUCCGAUAAAUCUUUUAUCCAAAACACGUCAAGUACAUCACGAAAUGAACAUUGGAAGUGAUGCAUUUGGCAGUUAUGAUCAACCAAACUGGAAACUUUAUACUUAAAGUAUCAUUACUGGUAGUAAAUGAUCCAUUUUAAUGUUGCUCAUUUACUACUAAAACAUUAAGAUUUUAGUGAACCAUGUGCGAAGCCCAUUUCUGGUGUUCCAUAACAUUUCUUACUUCCCACUUCGUAUAUUGUGAAACUUUUGUUACCACUGACACAGACAAGAGAUCACAAACUAUUUUACCAAUUUUUAUUUUUUUUAUUUGAUUCGUAUUUUGACAAGUAUUGUUUUGAAAGUAUUUGUCAUGGAAUUAGUACAAAAUCGGCCUCUGCACUGCCACUGAAUCUGCCGGUAUACUGAUAUGUUAUACACAACAGCGGCAGGAGCUAGGAUGAUUGCUUGAAGUCACUGGGGCAUGGGUAUGGCAUAAUUGGUGAAACUUCACAGUGGGUAAACUCAUGUCAGUUGGUAUGUGUCAUGUGAUACAUCUCAGUUGGUAUGUCAUGUGAUACAUGUCAUGUGAUUCAUGUCAGUUGGUAUGUGUCAUGUGAUUCAUAUCAGUUGGUAUGUCAUGUGAUUCAUGUCAGUUGGUAUGUGUCAUGUGAUACAUCUCAGUUGGUAUGUCAUGUGAUACAUGUCAUGUGAUUCAUGUCAGUUAGUAUGUCAUGGGGGAGCACGGGUGGCCAAGUCGUCUAAGGUGCCGCGAUUCGCUGUGCAGAGUUGCGUCCCUUGGGCAUGCCAGAAACCUAUGAUUGUGGGUUCGAAUCCCGGUUCGCCCCGAUU